AUGUCGCUUUCAAGCUACCGUGAUUUGUUGUUACUUUUUCUGGCACUGCGCUUAGCUGAUACCAACGCUUACUAUUAUUGUGGUGAGGCGAUACAAAAGGAGCUUUGUGGAAGAAAUCCGCAACAUAUUAUUUGUCAUCCCGAAACUGUGCCCAUUGACGGCACACUUUUAGCUCUUGCACCUUUAACGAACAAAAUAAAACGACUAUUUGUAGAUAGCCACAAUGAGCUCCGCAACAAAUUGGCUGGCGGUGAGCAGGUAUUCAAAGGCGGCGGUAAAUUCCCUAUCGCCAGCCGUAUGCGAGAAGUGCUGUGGGAUGAUGAAUUGGCAUACAUAGCUGGGCAGCAUGCUUCACGUUGCCACAUGAUGCACGAUAAAUGUCGCUCCACGAAACGGUUUCCAGGCGCUGGACAAAAUUUGUACAUAAUAGCUGGCCGAAAAAAAUUCAGUAAUAUGUCUCAAGAGGCACUAAGUUCUGUGGAGGCUUGGUGGAGCGAAGCUGAAUUGGUGGACGAUGGAAAUUUAAUGGUGGAAAAGUUCCCAGAAGGCGCUGCAAACUGGCAUGACAUUGGUCAUUUCUCGGCAAUGGCAAAUGAACGUGCCGCCUUCGUGGGCUGUGGUAUAGCAUUAUGUGAAAAAUGCUCUGGUGACAAUUAUUGUGUGGAAAUUAGCUGUGAUUACUCUGAAACCAAUAUAGCAGGCACCUUUAUGUACAAGAAAGGAGAUUCGCCAGCAUCGGAGUGCGAUUUCUAUGAAAGUACACCGAGUGCCAAAUAUCCAAAUCUUUGUAUAAAUACUGGGAAAUUUUUCAAUGGUGUUUAGUAAAAUUAAAUACUGGCGGUUUACCAA